CAGUCGAUAGGAACACGUAUGCUAACCUCAAAACUGAGGUUAAUUUUGCGGUUUUCUUUUCAUACUAAAUAAUGAAUUUCAUGCACACUAGAAACGAAUAAGAAACAAGAACAUUGUCUAUUAGAUGUUGAACAUGAACCUGUUUUGUACAAUACCAGAGAAUGUGGGAAAACCUUUACAAAGAAUCGAUUUCAACUCUCGAUAUCAGGAGUACAACCGCCUUCCUUGCAUCUCUCAUCUCGACGACGACAUUAUUGGAAAUAGUAAUAACAAUCCACCAUCCAGUGUUGCAGUUCGAUGGCAUCUUGGGGCGCAGUUGAUUCUGUUUGUCUCAAUGCUAACUUCUGUUGGUAUCGGAAUUUUUGUUUUUGUGCUAUCCCUCUCAGGAAACAGCAAUACAGCUUUUGGUUUUGCCUUCGAUACUCUUUUGGACACAGCAACAUCCAUGAUCGUUUUCUGGCGAUUUUAUGGUUCAGGUGGCUUGGAGGAUAAUUGGGAUAGGGAAAAACAGGCCUGCAUAGGAAUCAGCGUUUGUUUCAUUAUUUCUUCUUUUGGCAUAUUCUCACGUACGAUGUACAAACUUUUACAAGACGAGAUGCCAGAAAAGACACCUGGACUGUUGAUUAUAUCCUGUCUUAGCUGUGUUGCUUUUGCAGUGAUUUCCUGGUUCAAAUUUGCCAUUGGCAAUGCAAUACGUAGCAUAUCCAUGAGAACGGACGCAUUCAACUCGGCAACAACGUCCAUAAUGGCCCUAGGUUUAUUGGCAAGCACGUUUGCUCAACAUCAGAAUGAACAAGUCUGGUUCCUUGAUUCCAUCAUCGCCAUAGUAAUAGCACUCGUCAUCUUUGUUUAUGGAUUGAGACUGUUAACAGAUCUUCUUGUUGGCAACAGAAAAGAAUGGACAUUUAUCGACUAAAGAUCGCCAUAAAUAGUACAUGUUGGGUAAUUGCCAUUUGACAUCUUUCAAUUGUGACAAGACAAAACAAUUUUAUUGAACUGGAUUGCGUCAGAGAUGGAUCAGGGGGGAAGGUUCUUUAGUUUGGAUUUGAUCUCGGUGGCUGGUUUGUCGGUGUCGCCGUGCCUUAUACCAUGACUGGGAGGUAUUUUAUGGAAGUGUGCUCCAUCAAAUACAAAUCAAAUUUGUUUUUGUUUUAUAGCUUGACAUAUCAAUGUUUCGUAGGAAAUUGGCAUCCCUUUAGCGCAACUCUAGCCGACGCGCACCUUAGCAAAUGCAUCCUUAUUUCUUGUUAUCAGAAUUCCGUCCACAAGUAAAUAAAAAAAUAUGUUUAUUACAAACUACUUCGUAAUAACUUACAUAAAUUAUCGGUGUUAUAAAAUAGGAUCGAGGCGACACAAUACUUGCCUCAAACAUUGACUUCCACUUGGAAUUAAAAUUGAAUAUAUUAUAUUAAAACAAA